AGUGAGGACGGCUCUGUCAGACUGUGGGAUCUCCGGACGGCCUCUCAGACACAUAAGAUUGAGGUGUAUAAAUAUGAGGAGUGUGCCCGGCCGCAGUACGGGAAGUGGAUCAGCUGCCUGGCUACAGACUCAGACUGGAUGUUGUGCGGUGGGGGGCCCCAUGUUGGCCUAUGGCACCUUCGUUCUGUCACCCCGACCACCAUCUUCCCAAUCCAGGAGACCCAGCAACAGGUCAUGUUCUAUCAGGAUAUGGUCCUGUCCGCGGGGCAGGCGCCUCAUAUAAACCACUGCCAGUUAAAUGGAGACCUCCGGGCCCAGAUCCCCAGCACCCGCGCCAUCUACUCCCUGAGCGUCAACGAGAGCUCCCAGGAAAACAAGGUCCUCACGGCCGCCGGCAGUAGCUCCAGGAUCGAUGUCUUCACCAACUUCAGAUAUCGCGCCUUCUCCCUCACCUUCACCUGAUCACCUGAUCGCCAUCACCUGAUCACCUGAUUACCAUCACCUGAUUACCAUCACCUGAUCACCUGAUUACCAUCACCUGAUUACCAUCACCUGAUUACCAUCACCUGAUCACCUGAUUACCAUCACCUUCACCCGAUUACCAUCACCUGAUCACCUGAUUACCGUCACCUGAUUACCGUCACCUGAUUACCGUCACCUGAUUACCGUCACCUGAUUACCAUCACCUGAUCUCCUUCACCUGAUCACCUGAUUACCAUCACCUGAUCACCAUCACCUGAUCACCAUCACCUGAUCUCCUUCACCUGAUCACCUGAUUACCAUCACCUGAUCGCCAUCCCCCUAUCGCCAUCACCUUCACCUGAUUACCAUCACCUCAUCGCCAUCCCCCUAUCGCCAUCACCUUCACCUGAUUACCAUCACCUGAUCACCAUCACCUGAUCACCAUCACCUAAUCACCAUCACCUGAUCACCAUCACCUGAUUACCAUCACCUGAUUACCAUCACCUGAUCGCCAUCCCCCUAUCGCCAUCACCUUCACCUGAUUACCAUCACCUGAUUACCAUCACCUGAUUACCAUCACCUGAUUACCAUCACCUGAUUACCAUCACCUGAUCACCAUCACCUGAUCACCAUCACCUGAUCACCAUCACCUGAUUACCAUCACCUGAUCACCUGAUUACCAUCACCUGAUCACCUGAUUACCAUCACCUGAUCACCAUCACCUGAUCACCUGAUUACCAUCACCUGAUUACCAUCACCUGAUCGCCUUCACCUGAUCACCUGAUUACCAUCACCUCAUCGCCAUCCCCCUAUCGCCAUCACCAUCACCUGAUUACCAUCACCUGAUUACCAUCACCUGAUUACCAUCACCUGAUUACCAUCACCUGAUCACCAUCACCUGAUUACCAUCACCUGAUUACCUGAUUACCAUCACCUGAUUACCAUCACCUGAUUACCUGAUUACCAUCACCUGAUCACCUGAUUACCAUCACCUGAUUACCAUCACCUGAUCGGAUCGCCAUCACCUGAUUACCAUCACCUGAUUACCAUCACCUGAUUACCAUCACCUGAUCACCAUCACCUGAUUACCAUCACCUGAUUACCAUCACCUGAUUACCAUCACCUGAUUACCAUCACCUGAUUACCAUCACCUGAUUACCAUCACCUGAUUACCAUCACCUGAUCACCAUCACCUGAUUACCAUCACCUGAUUACCUGAUUACCAUCACCUGAUUACCAUCACCUGAUUACCUGAUUACCAUCACCUGAUUACCAUCACCUGAUUACCAUCACCUGAUCGGAUCGCCAUCACCUGAUUACCAUCACCUGAUUACCUGAUUACCAUCACCUGAUUACCAUCACCUGAUCGCCAUCACCCGAUCUGCUCUCUUGGUUUUCUUAUUUUUAUAUUAUA